AUGGUUAAAACUGUAACAAAACUAGAUUCUCCGGUUUGUAUUCUAGCAUAUGAUACCGGUUUUGCUGUGAGCUGUGGAGGGAAUUUUCUGGGUCUAGAGAGGUUUGGAUUUGAUUUUUCGGUUCAACGUCAACCAAAGGUCUUGUUUCUGAAAUGGACAAGAAUUAACUCAAUAGCUGUAGACCUCAGUAUUCCUAUGGAAGAAAUUGAGAUACCAGUGCACGGGCAUUUUUCAAUACGUGGAUAUGUUGCUGAAAUGAGGAGAAAGGAUCGGAAACUUUGUUUUCCAUUUGCUUCAGAAGCUGGUGAUGGUGUUUUGGAGGAUAAUCUUGCUUUAUUAUAUGCCCCAAAAUUUAGAUGGUGGCAGUGCUUAAACUGCACUGUUGAGAGUACUACACAAGAAACAAUACCGACUCAUAGAAGGUGUAGAACUGCUUGUGUAAAAGGUGGAGAAAAAGAUAGAUCAUCCUCACACAGUGAGAAUGUAACUACUACUGAAGUUAGAGAGAGAAAAAUUCGUGGUAAUAACCACGGGCCAGUAGACUUUGAAGUUGCCGAAAAUAAUAAUCCUAAUAAUAAUAUCCCAAACUUUAAUCCAUGCCCCGUCGAAGAAACUACCAUAGGCAGCAAAAAUGAAGCAGAUUUUAGAGAAAAAGAAUGUAACAAUCCUAGUUUUUAUGUUACGCAAGCUACUGCAUUGCACAAUCGAGGGAAGGAAACAAAUGCGUCAGAUUCUAUUGAUCAUAGAGAAAGCAAUGUCCCAAUGCCAAACAACUGGAUGAUUGAUGAUGUAGAUACAUGUCCCCACAUUGAGAUCCAGAGCGACACCUUAAAUUCUGGUUUAGCUCGUGUAACUGGACUUCCCUCCAUCAAAGUCAGUGAGCUGAACAAUUUAUCAUCUGGAAGUGAUGAUAAUUCAAGUGGGCUGCUGCAUAGGAGGAAACAAAAGUUGCGUUAUCUGGCUGAUAUAUUGCAGACCGAAAAAAGUUCACAAAGUGGGACCCCAAGAAUCAAACAUGCUUCAUCCAGUGGAAUGCACGUUGUGUCUGCCAAGUGUGGAGCAAGUUUAGCCCCUCAGCAUGCAGUAAAUAUCCCUGAAGAUGUUCAGAAAAGAAAAAUUCCUCAUGUAGAAGACAGAAUACCUGAAAUUUCUGACUCCAAAUCAGAAGGGGAUGAUUUGAAAAAAUUGGAUUUGCAACUUGGAACGAAGACUAACUGGAUCAAGACUAGGAAAAGGAAAAUUCUUGAUUUCAGUAAAAAGAAACGGCAUAUCCACGUUGUUGAUGGAACAAUCCCUGCACGAGAAGUGCCCAGGAUCAGCACUGUGGAUUUGCACAAACAUGCUGUUAUUGGCGAUACUAGUUUCUGUAAGUUGGCAGAUAUUCCUUCGACGUUAGGACAAACGGGUAAAAAUUUUGAGAGUUUUCAAUCUGGACAACAUAUAGAGAGAAACUCUUGUUUGUCCAAGAGUAAGAGGCCAGAAGUUGAAGCUGAUCAAGCUACUUUCAUGCCUCCAAGCAAUAUGAAUACGGGAGAAGGCAAUAUCAAUGGAAAAGUGGCAUUAAGUCUCUCGCUCAACAACGUCAUGGAUGUCGAAAGAAUUUCCAACCAGCAGACUUCAUUCAUACAGCAAAGGGGCAUUCCAGGGAAGCACCCUUGGAGGAAAGUGUUACCAUUGGAUCUCAACGAGACAUUUACCCCUACAAUGGGAGAGGAACUACCUACUCUUUCUGGAAAUGAGAGUUUUCCUAUGCAUGACACUUUGGAUAUUUCUGCCUCCUACAUCAAGGAGAAAGCAAGAGAGAGCCAAGGAUUAGGAGUUUCUGCGCCAGAAAACGACCAACAGACUUGUGAGAGGAGUGAACUUGGACUGUCGGAUGAUAUACCAAUGGAAAUAGUUGAGCUCAUGGCCAAGAACCAGCAUGAAAGGGCUUUUGGGAAUUCAAGAAAUCUCUUCCUGCACAAGGGAACCAAUAAAAGCCCAAGAGGGUCUCCUGCACUACAUGGCAACGGACAUUCAAUCGUGACGAAUUUUCUGCUCCCCAACACGAGGGGAAAUAGUGUGAUUUCAGAAAGUGGCAAUAUAAGAGCUGACCAGAGCAAUCACAACCGUUUUGGUUGGUCAAGUAUAAAUCAGUUCGACAUGAGCAAAUUGGAAGAGAGUUCAUUCUUCAAUUCCUUUUUGCAGAAUCAACAAAGCAACCCAGCAUUUUCCGCUUCAGGUUCCAACAUAACCGGAUCAAGACUUGGGAAAGGAGCAAUAUCACCGUGGUCUUCUAGCAAAGACAAUGUGCCUUUUCAUCUUGACAUUGCCAAGAACUGGUCAACUCAGUCUAAUAAUAAAAGUACACAUUCAUUCGUCGACUCGCAGCAUAAAGGAAAGACCAUCAGUGACAUAAAGGGUCCUGAGGCAAAACUGGCAGUGCAAGAUAUGUCAUUACUCAAACAGGGAAGAAUUGGGCCCAGCCCAAAAUCUAUGGGGUCAUUAGAUUCUUACUCCAACGACACUAUUCCGGCAAUGCAGUUGCUAUCUUUAAUGAAUCAAGGUAUGAUAUCAAGGAGUUCUUUUAAUGUUGGCAUGGAAAGUUUCCGUUAUAAAGACUUUUCUCCCUGCGAGUACCAUCCAAGUUUGAAUGGGGAUGAGAAACGGAAUGCCCUGAGUAUAUCUUUCUUUCCUCAGCAUCACCAUUUAAAGGAAUUCCCAGUGUUACCGUCGGGCAUUUAUGGUACUAAUGAAAGUUUUAAGAAACCUUUGUCUUACCGUCAAGUAUCUUCGCGAGAGAGCUUAGGUGUUGGUCCAUCAGGAUCUAAGAUUCUCCCUCGACAAUCUCAUAGAGAAGUCAUUCCAUCAAUGUCCAUUGGCUUGGAGGGAUCCACCAAUCCUGGAACUCCCCAGCCACUGAGAAUUAGGACGGAAGAACAUGUUUGCACACUCAACCAGAACCCUGCUGACUUCAGCAUUCCUGAUGCACGAAACCAGUACACCAUCUGUGCAAAGGAUUUGAAAUUAAGAAAGAGGAAUGCUACGAAAGAGAGAUCUUCCUCUGGUAAUGUGGAAGGACAUAAGAGACAGAGGAUCACAAAAAAUGCUUUGAGGAAAGAGUCUGCUAGAAAGUAA